AGGUGCGUAAACGCUAGUCAGACAGGAGAAUUAAAUAAAGCCGUCUGUAUCCUCUCUAAAUUACCACUUAUUGAUAUUUACCUAAGUUUGUGCCACGUCCCAGAUACCUUUUUAGUUUUUUUUCCCACCCGCAGAGAUCGAGGAUGAAGUGUGUUUUGGUUGCUGUUCUGGUUCUUAUCGUUGUAACAGAGGGACUAUGGGAGUGUGCGUGGACUGGGGAGGAGUACCCCUGCGAUGGCGUGACUGCCUGUAGCUACGGCUGCUACAAAGACGCAUGUUGGAGUCAGUGUAACGGAGUCUGUUCGAAGAACAUCAACAACCAUAUCUGCAACGGAUGCAAAGAGUGGUGCUACGUAGAAGCCGACAACGAUUACGGAAAGUGCAGAGAGCAUGCUGACUGUAAAGAGUACAGGACAAACUCAUGCUGGAGCACAUGCACGGUUUAAGACGCGCAUGACGACACGAGCACGUGCAUUGUGUAAAGAACUAAAGAAGCACAGGACUCGACCACAGGCGAUGAUAUUGGGAAUUAUAUCCUAGAUUAUAUCUUUAUUGAAAAUAAUGUUCUAAAUUUUAUUCACGAUAAAA